AUGUCAGUCCCUACAAAGGCCGCUUUCGUCCACUACGGUGACUUUGAUAGCACGACCCGGAAACUCCCGGUGAUGGAGUUCAUGGAGCGCUUCCGCGACGACUUUGACACAAAGUCCUUUGACCCGAAAUGGUACGCUCCAGAUUUCACAUACGUCGCGCCGGACGGAACGGUGUCCGAGGGCCGCGACAAGGCGCUCGACGCGAUGAAAGCCCUGUACGGCCCGCUGCCUAAAUGGUGUCACGAGGCGUUUUAUCUCAACUGCUACGAGCUCGACGACUCGGGGAGCUACGAGAUGAUCGGCAAAGCGACGCUGUGGGCCAACCUGCCGGGCGAGCCAGCUCAGGGGGAGUCGAAGAAGACUGACGGCGAGGGGAAAAAGUGGGAUCUGGCCAUCCCCGGCACGUAUCUCUUUAACUAUGCCAAAGCGGGAGACGGCUUCGUUCUGAAGAGGAUCGAGCUCACCGGGGACACGGGUCCGUUGAUGGUCGGCCUGCUCAGGAGGGGUGUUCUCUCUUCCAAGGAUCUGGGGCUCUGA